UUCUUCUUCCGCUGUCAGCUUUUGUCCUAGCCGAGGUCAUCUUUUCUUAGUGACUGUCCCAGUGAAUGAAGAGAGGGUGAUUGCAGUGACGUGACCGCACAGCUGAUCGGGCGAUAACGAGGCAGACAAGCAUUCCGCUAUGUGCGCCCGGGAUGUUUUUGUGAUGUUACCAAGCCAAAGAUCCACAAAGAAAGAGAAACGAGGAUGAAAUCAACAUGAUUAGCACCGAUGGCCUCUCUAAAUGCGAGGCGACCUGGCGCGAGACUGGGAAAAGGCCACAGGCGGAGAUGUUGCACCUUCUGUCCGCUGUCAUUGUCUGGCUUGUGACGGGGACAACCAUCUCCAGUCUUAACAAAUGGAUUUUUGCAGUGUACAACUUCAGGUACCCCUUACUGCUGUCGGCCCUGCACAUGUUGACAGCGAUAGUGGUGGACUAUGGGCUUAUUAAACUGCGAAUGCUCCAGCAAAACGGUGGGGUUGACAACCAGAAGGACCUUACCACCAGCGCCAAAUGCAAGGUGUUUCUAUUGAGCUUGACAUUUUGUGCCAGCAUCGCAUUUGGCAACGUGGGUCUGAACUAUGUCCAGCUGUCAUUUGCCCAAAUGAUCUACACCACCACGCCAAUCUUCACCCUGGCCAUCUCCACUCUGAUCCUGGGCAAGCAACACCACAUCCUCAAAUACACAGCCAUGAUGCCCAUCUGUCUGGGAGCCUCAUUCAGCAUCAUGGGCGAGGUCCAGUAUGACCAGACAGGCUGCUUCUUCGUAUUUGCUGCGACAAUGUUGAGAGGUGUCAAAUCCAUCCAGCAAGGUAUCUUGCUCCAGGAGGAGAAAAUCAACUCUGUGUUCCUGCUGUACCUGAUGUCUAUCCCCAGUUUCUGCAUCCUGGCCGUAGCUGCUCUGGCCCUGGAGAACUGGGCCGUGCUGGAGUCUCCAAUGCACUACGACCACAACCUGUGGCUCUUCAUUCUGCUCAGCUGCCUGGGCUCUGUCAUGUACAACCUGGCCAGCUGCUGCGUCAUAACCCUCACCUCCGCCGUCACCCUGCACAUCCUGGGCAACCUGAGUGUGGUGGGCAACCUGCUGCUCUCCCAGCUGCUGUUCGGCAACGAGAUGUCAGCGCUCAGCUGUGCCGGUGUGGCUCUUACUCUCUCUGGCAUGCUCAUCUACCAGAACUCUGAGUUCAUCUCCAACUACCUGGAUGCACGUCGAGCUAAAGCCAGGGAGCUCAGCCGAGUGAGGGAGGAGGAUAUUGCAUUCCAACCGCCCCCCCAAAACCAGCAGGAGAGGGUAGACGCUGCCGGGAAACGAGAGGACAAGAUUGACUGAGAGAGAGGGGGAGAGAGAGAGAGAGAUUUCCUGUCCUUGGGGUUAGUUAAGUCAGGUGGUUCUGUGGAGAGGUUCAGGAAAUGGUCUGUGACCUCAUGAUGUCAUAGUUGAUGAUGACGACAUGAGUGACAGAACUUGUUUGGUUGGGUCGUUUUUACCUCUUCACUGUGCCAAUGUAUUUAUUUCAGCCAUGGUCUCAUGGAACAGAAGUCAGCUGACUAAAAAAACAGAUGCCUUUAGGAAAGUGACAGUUGAGUUUGUACUGUUCUAAUACUCAUACAUGCACAUACUGGUAUGCAUGCAUGAGCACACAAACUAUGUGAUACAUCUCAUGAGAUAUCACGCAUUGUUACUCACACUACUCCACUGUGAAAAUGUUCUCUCUGAGUGAGUGCUCAGUGGGAUGGUUGGGUGGGAAGGACUAGGAACACUGCUCUCAUGGAUGGAAACAAAUACGUUUUAAAAACGUAUGGUAAUGUUACCUAACCUUCCCCUGGUCUCGUAUCACUGGGAAAGAGGUUAUCUGGCAGCUUUUAUUUGGGGAUCUUAAAAUGGGUGUUCCGCAUUUGUUAUAGUGCUAUAGCUUUUGUCUAGAUGAAGUUUACAAACAUUCAAGCUAACAGGUUCAGCAUAUCAUAUCUCCUGGCUGUUUGUAGGCAUGGCGGCCAGUAAGCCACAAUGUUAUUAAUCUACUGCAUAGUGAGGCAUAGAUCUGAGGGGAGCUACCUUGUCCCACUCAACGACCCAUUAUUGCAUUUCCCUUCAUUUCCUCUUAAUAAAAGGAACCUAUUAUAAUCAUUUUAAUAACCUCCUACCUUUACAGCAGUUCUCACUGCAGCAAAUGUCUAUUAUAAGGCCUAUCCACUCUCUAAGGAGUCUCACUCAUCUUUAGCACACUCCAUAAAAAGUAUUUCAUCAUUCUCUCCUUACCGCCACUCGAACAGAAAUGUCUUCUCCACUCAGAGGGUGCCACAUUACAUUUAGUCUUUAUAACUGACCUCUGCUGGACAGUGUUAUUGUAACUCCAUUUGAAUUUUUGAAUAUUUAUGAUGCAGUGUUAUUUCUUUCAUUUAUUUUUUAUUCUGUAAGCAACACUAUUUUUUGUCCUGUUUAUGAUUCUUACACAGUACAAAGAGGAAGUUAUUGGAUUUCUGUUUACUAAAUUGAAUACAAAAGCUGUAGUAUGUCUCUUACCAGAAUUGACCUUGAUCAGAAACUAAAACUACUUAUUUGAAGUUGGAAAGCUCUUACAUGAUGUGUCCAGAGCACUGACAUAGGUCAGAAGUCACUCAGUAACUGGAGGUCUAGUCAACUGGUCUGUCAACUAAUGUACACUACCUUUCAACAUUUUGCAGUCACUUAGAAAUGUCCUUGCUUUUGAAAGAAAAACUUGAACUUCUUUAGAUUAGUUGAGUAUCUGGAGCAUCAGCAUUUGACGGUUCGAUUACAGGCUCAAAAUGGCCAGAAACAAAGACUUUCUUCUGAAACUCGUCAGUCUAUUCUUGUUCUGAGAAAUGAAGGCUAUUCCAUGCGAGAAAUUGCCAAGAAACUGAAGAUCCCAUACAACGCUGUGAGCUACACCCUUCAGCACAAACUGGCUCUAACCAGAAUAGAUAUGAUAUGUUUCCAUGAGACAUCUUAACUGACUUAAUUUUAAAAAUAUAUAUUUUUUACCCCUUUUUCUCCCCAAUCUCCCCAAGUCUUGUCUCAUCGCUGCAACUCCCGUACGGACUCGGGAGAGGCGUGCGUCCUCCGAAGCCUUAGACAACUGCGCCACUCGGGAGGCCCUUUAACUGACUCAACCUGUUGAGUGUAGGGGACAGUAUUUUGAUGUUUGGAUGAAAAACGUACCCAAAUGAAACUGCCUAUUUCUCAGGCCCAGAAUCUAGAAUAUGCAUAUAAUUAGGAUAGAAAACACUCUAAAGUUUCCAAAACUGUCAAAAUAUUGUCUGUGAGUAUAACAGAACUGAUAUUGCAGGCAAAAACCUGAGGAAAAUCCAACCGGAAGUGCUGUUUUUCCUGAAAGCUCUCUGUUCCAUUGCCUGCCUUCGCUCCAUUUAAAGGGAUAUCAACCAGAUUCAUUUUCCUAUGGCUUCCACAUGUUGUGAACAGUCUUUAGACAUAGUUUCAGACUUUUAUUUUGAAAAAUUAGCGAGAAAGAUCACAUCGCGUCAUUGUAUGGCUGGGUGCCAGCAGUGUUUUGCAUGCACAACAGCUUGGAGCAGACAUUUUCUCUCUCUCCUAUUGAAGAAGGUACAGUCCGGUUGAAAUAUGAUCGAUUAUAUAUUGUACAAACAACCUGAGGAUUGAUUAUAAAAAACGUUUGACAUGUUUCAACAAACUUUACGGAUACUAUUUGAAAUUUUCGUCUUCCCGGUCGUGACCGCUCUAGCCUGUGGAUUUCUGAAAAUAACGCGCCAACCAAAUGGAGGUAUUUUGAAUAUAAAAAUACUCUUUAUGGAACAAAAGGAACAUUUAUUGUGUAACUGGGAGUCUCGUGAGUGCAAACAUCUGAAGAUCAUCAAAGGUAAGUGAUUCAUUUUAUUGCUUUUCUGCCGUUUGUAAUGUUUUGUCAUACCAUAAACGCUUGGUAUGCUUUCGCCAAAAAGCUUUUUUGAAAUCUGACACGCCAGGUGGAUUAACAACAAGCUAAGCUGUGUUUUUUCUUUAUUGCACUUGUGAUUUCAUGAAAAUGUUAUAUUUUUUGUAAUUUAAUUUGAAUUUGGCGCUCUGCAAUUCAGCGGAUGUUGACGAAAAUUAUCCCGCUAAUGGGAUGGGUGCAUCGAGAAGUUAAUUUGGCUUCAAAUGCGCUAUUGAGUCUUCACAUAGGAAUGAAUAGUGUCACGUGAUCAAUGGCUUUGUCCAUUCAUAUACAGUCAUUCAAUUACACCCAUCUUAAGGCUAGUGCUACUGAAAGGACCUUAUGAAGAUGUUGAAUGAAGUUGUUUCUAAUCUUCCUUUCCCAGUCAAAGAGCCUUCAGGUGUGAGACUUAGCCCCCCUUAGCCUUUGAUAGACUAUUGGAAAUUGUUAUAUAUUUUUUGUUAUACCCGCCUGAUGUUUUUCCCCCAAUAUGUUGUCAUAUGCACAGCAGUAGACACAUAAUGAUUUGUUCCAGCCUCAACCUGAUAAAUUAAUCAUUUUAAUGAAGAUAAGAUGAAUGCCAUUCCCAAACCUUUUUUAACACGGAGUUCUAAUGAGAGGAUCAUGUAUUAUUUUUAUAUUUUUAUUUUUUAUUUUUUUUCCUUAACCAGGCAAGUCAGUUAAGAACACAUUCUUAUUUUCAAUGACGGCCUGGGAACAGUGGGUUAACUGCCUGUUCAGGGGCAGAACGACAGAUUUGUACCUUGUCAGCUCGGGGGUUUGAACUCACAACCUUCCGGUUACUAGUCCAACGCUCUAACCACUAGGCUACCCUGCCGCCCCAUGUUAUUGAUGGUAGUUAAAUACCUCAGUCUUCAACAGUUUGUUACAGACCAUUUGUUUAAUGACUUAAGUAAGUUGGCAGUUGAAGCGAGAUCAAAUAGCUGAAAGCAUGUCUGCCCACAACCACGGUUUGUCUCCUGGUCAACUGUUAUAAUCUGUUUGUUAAAUAGCCAUCUGAUCGAAAGGCCAAUUUUGUUUAGCAACUUUGAAUUUAUGAUAAGAUACUUUUUAAUCACAAAGCCCUUAGAAUACCUAUUUAAACUGUACCAGCAUCACAGAUCUGCGUUUGAUUUGUCAGACUGAGUCAGUUUGACAACUCUGGGUUUGACUAGUCAGGCUGCUUGUUCACACAGAGGUUGUCUUUGACUGGCUAUAAGGGCAGAGCAACGCACAUAUUGCACUGACGAGUUAUGGAAAUGCUGCCUUUACAGCGUAUGGCUCUUAUGUAUAUGUAUAUAUAUGUUGAUGUUGUCUGAAAACGUUACAUGUAAAUAAUGAUUUUAUUGUAUUGAUUUUACAAUCAUGGAAGGCUGGCUCAAAUAUACUGGUUCAAAAACA